AUGAGCCGCCGGGCCCACGCCGCCGCGCUCACCUCAGCCCCCGGCCGCACCCGCGCCCCCGGCCGCCCGCGCCCCUCAGAGCCCACGCCCGCCCUGCACGGGCCUCACCUGCCGGCCACCGAGGCCGCCGUCCGCAGACCCCCGAGCGCUCCCGCCGGCCCGGCCAGAGCCGGACGGCGCCUCCCCGCGUCCGCUUUCUCCUCCUGGUCCUCGUCGCCGCCGCCUCAGCCUCCUCCUCCUGCUUCCAGGCCCGCACACUGCAGGCGCCGCUCCCGCGAACUCCCAACUGCCUCCAACUGCCUCACCCAACGCUUGCCUGGCGCUGACGGCCGCAGUGCGCAGGCGCGACGGGACCUGGCGCCCCUCACCCGGCGGGGUGGUGGGGAACGGAGACCGACACCUGGUCUGGGCGGCCAGGCUCUCCUGACCCGGCUGGUGAAGGUGAUGAAGCAGUUGCUGGAAAAGGCUUGUGAGAAGCUGGGCUCAGAAGAGCCCAUGGCAGCCCUGAGUCCUGGGGCAUCCAGGAGGGGCCACCCUGCUGGAUUGGCCGGGUGGCUGUGUUACCUCCCUCCCUCACGUGGGGAUGAGGGUGGCAAGAAGAGGGGGUCACAGGAGGAUGAGCGCAUGGGAUUUGGGGGUGAGCUGCAGGCAGACUCCUCACUGGGGUUCAUGGAGUUUGAGGCUGAGGAGGAGACGCAGCUCCAGAAGCUGCAGUGCAUGAAGGGGCCCCAGGGCCUGCCUCCUCCAGCCCCGCUGAAGCUUGGUCCUCCAGGGCCACCAGCCCCCAACACUGUGCCACAGCCAGUCCUGCCCUUCCCCAGUGUGGCUGGAAGUGGCCGCUGCGGCCCAGCCAUGCACCUGGCCUCCCUCCUACCCCAGCAGCCACCCCAGGCCAAGGCGCCCAAGGAGAUCCUGCCGGAAGCUGACCAGGAGUAUGUGGACAUCAUGGAGGCACUGCUGGGGCCCGAUGCAAAUCAGGAGGAGAGCGAUCUGGGGCAGCAGCAGGAGGAGGACGGGCUUUACCCAGACCCAGGUCUCCUGAGCUACACUGACAAGCUGUGCUCCCAGGAAGACUUCACCACCAAGGUGGAGGCCACCAUCCACGCCCGAUUCCUGGCAGAUUUGCUUUCCCCAGACCCCAAAUUGGAUCCCUUGUCUCUAACAGAGGAGCUGGAGCAGGAAGAAGGACUAACCCUAGCACAGUCGGUGGAGAAGCGCCUCCUGGCCCUGAAUGAUGCAGGAGGUGUGCGGCCGCCACAGGUCAUGGCGCACCCCGACUGGACUCAAGUCCUAAGACUACGGCUUAGCAAACAGCAGAAAGAGAUGACCAUGGCCCAAGCAGGGGUCAGUGUAGAAAGCUGCCCAGCACAGCUGGCUUCCCAUGACCCUCCAUGGUACAGCAGAGCCCAUGCCAACCUGCCCAGGCCCAAGGAGCGUAACCUCUGGCCGGGCUUUCAGUCGUCGCCCAUGCUGAGGGCCGCCCGGCCCAGCUCCCCUCCCCAGAGCCACAGACUCUCCUCGCCUGGUCUCAGAGGAUCCUGCCCUGCCAUGCCUGAGUGGGGCCCAGCAGUCGGCUCCAGUGAAGAGGAGGAGGAGGACCUCCCCAGCCUGGGCUUCCUCCUGACCUGCAGCACAGCCUGCUGCCCUGGGGGCUGUCCCUGA